AGUUCUUCGAGUGCUGCCGAAAAUAAAAAUUGAUUUGCAUUUCUUCUCGGCUUAAAAUGAAUUAAAUGUUAUUGUUUCCGCACCGAAAAAAACUCAUAAAUCGUUUCAACAACCGCACUGCUAAAUCGGAAUUAAUUCCAACAAUUAAACAACUGCCAAAAACUAGAACGUAUGUGAAGCGUGUGUGUCGUACAUACUCAGAGAUAAGGACAAAAAACGGUUAAAAGUAAGCUUUCAAAAAAGAGAGUAUAGAAAAUAAAUUUUACUAAAGUAACAAAAAAAGCAACGAAACGCGUGUGCCUCAAAUAUUGGCGAAAUCGCAAUAAAAAAGUGUAUGUCAAAUAAGAAAAUGUGGCUCCACCAGCGAUAACGGUACUCCAAUGUGCUCUCUCGUACGCACACAGAAGCAUCCCGCACACGUACACCACCACCACUGCCAAAAAGCAAAUCCUGCCCAACAGCCGCACCUAUAAAAGUGGGCGUGGGUAGAGACAAGUUACUGUAACAAAUUUGAAAAUAGUGAUGCAUGCUAAUUGUUUAAACAAAUCCAAGCUUUCGUAAUCAAAUACCUUCGCGAAUUCCAAUACACACCUAUACACACAUAACCACGCAGCGAUUGGUGUGGAGAGGAAGAAGGAAAGGAAGCCAAAGAACAGGAUAGAAAAGCAAGAGGAAGAACGAAGCAGCAUCGGCGCGUUGGAGAAAUGUGCGGGAAGAGAAGAUUGAAAAUAAACGUGUAGUAGAGAAUUUUUGAGACACUCACACGCACACCUCCCACACUCUUUCUCUCUCUGUCUCUCCGCCUAUACCGUUUGCCGCCUACACACACACAUACCUAAGCAGACGUACGAGCGCUCUCGUAUCGCGAAAAGCGUGAGCUUUGUUGUUGCCUCUCCCACUCCCUCGCUCUCAGAGGCGCUCCCGUGUUGUUUUUGUUGUUGUUGCCGCUGAGCAAAUGGCAGACCCUCUAAGCGGGCGCCGCUGGUGAUAACAUGUCGUAAUGGCCAGAGAGGAGUCUCGCGGCAAGAGACCACUGAAAAUCUGGGACAGCUGGCGGAAUGUGCGCAAGGGCGUCGUAGUUGGGACCUUCGAGGAGCUCUUGGUCCGCGGCAAGGAUAAGCUGGGGGUUCCUGCUUCAGAACCGGUGCGCGUUGUUCUGGAGUGUGAUGGAACCCAAAUCGAGGAUGGCGAAUACUUUCGCACCCUGGCCAACAAUACGGUGCUGCUGCUGUUAAGGCAGGGCGAGCGCUGGUAUCCCACUGGCGUCGAUGUCAUAAAGGCUGCCAUAUCAGCUAUACCGAAAAUCGUCUGUGAGACGAUUCAUGCGCUGGAGUUGCACGAUGAGACACCGUCGUGGAAGAUCAUGGAUAACAAAGGGCGUGUCACGGUCGUUCUGCACUGGGAUCAGCGGCAGGGUGGAGGAAGCGGCGGCGGAGGAGGCGGUGGCGCCGGCGGCGGAGUGGGGAGCAUGUGCUCCGGCCUGGGCAGCAGCAAUGGGCUGCUGUCGUCCGACAAGUACUCGCCCUCAAAGAAGGGCCUCUCCGCGCAGAGUUCGCUGGACAACAAGUCGGUGUCGUCGCAGUCCUCCCAGCCGCGCUAUGCCAGCCCUCAAAUAACGGUGAUCAGCGACGACGGACCGGCGAGCAUAUACCAUCCCGGUGGCGUUGUACUGCCGCCAGGAGUUGUGAUACCCGGCGGCAGCAGGCGACUCUCCAAGCAGGGUAGCUCCUUCGACAGCACCGUGGGCGUGGGUGUUGGAGCGGUCCAUGUGCACACGCCGGAAUGCGCCCACCACGCCCACACGCCCAGCAGGGCGGGCAGUCCCAGCACCACCGAGUGCGACUUCCACUGCUGUGCGCUGCACGAGGAGGGGCGCAAGAUCGCUGUGCACAAGAGCGUGGCCACGUCGCCCAUCCAGGACGGAAGCAGCAGUCCCCAGCCGCAGUCGGCACCAUCGGUUAUGGAUCCUAUGCUGGGCGGCAGCGGUGGCGGCGGAAGCGGCAGCAUGCAACGCCGCUCGUCGGGCGCCAAGGGCCAUGUGCGAUUCCUGGACAUCGCCCCCGAGCGGGAUAGUUCCGAGAGCGAAACGGAGAACACGGUGAUGGAGGACGACAAGACGACGACGGAGAAAUUUCUGCUGCUGAUCGACCAGUUGUCGGUGGACCAGAAGCGUCACCUCAGCAUCAAGGACAUCGGCAUCAUACUGGAACGCCUCAACUCCAAGAUCCUUGAUGUGGAGCGAUUGGAUCGCGAAUCCGAGUCGGACGACUGCUACAACUGGACGAUAAAGGCGACAAUACGCGGCGAUGCGCUGCGCGAACUGGGCGUCAUUUACAAUGGCAAUUACUAUGCCAUCUCUGAGCAUCCUGGCUACAAGGAGGAGCUAGAGGAGAACGGCGAGGAGGUCGAGGAGGAGGAGGAAGAGGAUGAGGAGGACAGAAUUUAGAGUGCCAAUGACGGGCAGACGGGCAAACCCACAGGUUCACGACUGUCCCACGUUGGGCGCCACAGAAGGUAUCAAUAAACUAGCGCAUUUUACAGAAACCAAAACGAAAAAAUGGAAAAACCAAAAAUAGGAGUAGCCCAGCAGCUCGACACAAGAACACUCACACACACACACCAACAUGCAUACAUAUAUACAUAUAUACUUAUAUAAAAUAAUUACGAGAAUAUAAUAAUGCAAGUCGCACAUUGUACAAUAGUGAAGUAAGCGUAAACGUGAAUUAUAAAAAGGCGAAAGCAAAGCAGCCACACACCCAGAAA